AUGGAUCUAAUAUUAACUGUUCAGUGGACUUUUAUUUUCGAAACAGAAAUGGUUAUUUUUCCACCAGUCAAACCAGAAAGACUUGCUAAAUAUCUCAAACCAUAUGUCCUGAAGAUGCACUUCACAAACAAGUUUGUAUCAGCCCAAGUAAUCCAUUCACCCACUGCUACAGUGGCCUCGGCUGCAAGUUCGCAGGAGAAGGCUCUGAGGUCAAGCAUGGAAUCUACUAGGGAUGUUGCUGCUGCUGCAAAGAUAGGGAAGAUUCUUGGGGAGCGGCUGCUGCUUAAAGAUAUUCCUGCUGUCUCUGUUUUCUUAAAGAGAGAACAGAAAUAUCAUGGUAAGGCACCAGAUGUUGGUGAAGACCGAUUUACAGGCCACACUGUUGGAAGUUGGCAAAGUUACUGA